UCCAUCACUGACAAUGUCUGAACAAACCGAGAAGGCUUUCCAGAAGCAGGCUGGUAUCUUCCAGAACUCCAAGAUCUCCGCCAAGCGCAACCAGCGUUGGUACAAGGAUGUCGGUCUUGGCUUCAAGACCCCCAAGGAGGCCAAGUCCGGUUCUUACAUUGAUAAGAAGUGCCCCUUCACUGGUGAGGUCAACGUCCAGGGUCGUAUCCUCAUCGGUGUCGUCGUCUCCACCAAGAUGAAGCGCACCAUCGUUGUCCGUCGUGAUUACCUCCACUACGUUCCCAAGUACAACCGUUACGAGAAGCGUCACAAGAACAUCUCUGCCCAUUUGUCCCCUGCUUUCGACCACGUUGAGAGCGGUGACAUCGUCACCAUUGGUCAGUGCCGUCCCCUCUCCAAGACUGUCCGUUUCAACGUCCUCAAGGUCCAGAAGGCCAAGAAGACCGGCAAGGCUUUCCAGAAGUUCUAAUUUCGCCUUUCUUGGUUGUUUAAACUAAAAAUAAUAAAAAAAACCUGCUUGGUGACUUGCUUCUCCAAUCGUAAUUGUGACUUUUAAAAAUAUUUUGAGUGUACUUCUUUGGUUUGCCUUAAAUGGGGAUUCUUUUUAAAUAAAUAAGGAAUUCCAAAUUGCUGGAAACUAUAGACG